CAUAUGUUUGCCCGUAUGUAGUCACUAGCUUGAGCCACCAAACUCAUGACACACAUACCGCAAUAUCACCAAUCAACGGUCUGAUUCAGAGAGCAGCGAUGAACGUCAAAUGAGUGGAGAUAACCGGGCCAUAUGCCUCAAUUUACAGAGGAUUCCGUUCGUUUAUACAGCAACAAUUAUUCCUGUAGUGAGAAUCUAGCAAGUAUCAUGGGUCGCAUCUUACUCGGUUUGCAAUCCUGUGCAAACAAAGUGUCAUUUACACCGAAUGGACCCUAGACUGCUUGCGAGACGUUCGGUUCCACGGUAUCACUGGGCAGUGUUACUGAUAGUAUGAACUCUUUUCAAGAACGCAUCAUUGCAACCGCCUUCGCAAACUUCCGCUAGGGAUGGCUUAAAGGCGAGAAGGCUGGCUGGCAUUUCCUCUCGUAGGCUAUAAGAAGACCAUGCCCCUCGAAUCGCCUGUGGGUUUUCUCAUUAGUGCCAUCGCGUCCUCUCCAUUAUCGUCAUUACAUUUUGACCUCGGCACCGCAUCCGCAAUAGCAAUUUUUUUCGGAGGACAAGCAGCAGUAUCCGCACUUGCAUUACGGCCGCUGUCUGGUUGGAAAUGGUGGCAUGGAACGUACAACGCACCUGGAUGCCACGCAAUUGUGUGGGUGCUAGUUAGAGCUUGGUUGCGGAGCUCCAUCUCGUCGUAUUCCGAGACACUCUCGCUAUCUCUCGGCCUCGAUGGCCAGAAAGGGCCCAAAUACAUUGCAUCGCAGUCGGGAACGAUCAUGCAACAGACUCGCCAUAUUGCAUACAUGCUAGUUAACAGCGGCUGGAGGGGCAAGGAGUAUAAUCCAACGGUCGUUGGUCAGAGAGUCAGCCCGACGCCGAUGCAGUUGUUCAUCGUGAACCUCAGGGAGAGUGUUCCAACGGGAAAUGAUACGCUGCCCCCAAGAAGUUAUCGUCACACCUCCUUGUCCAUCAUCCCUAUCGCCACUAGCUUUGCAGCUUGCGCCAUUUGCGCCAUUGCCGAGGACUGGCUGUCCCUUGCGAUGAUUUUGCUUGGGAUGGUCACAUCCGGCAUCACUUCUUUCGUCAUGAGCACUGGGAAGAUCACCCUUGAACGGCUCAGACCAGCAGAUGGAGUCCCACCCGGAGAUGGCAUGCUAUUAUCAGAUACCCGCAUCGUCAUAUUGAGAGGCAACGAGGAGGACGUAAAUGCUGUAACCAAGGGAAAACUGAGGUUGAACCUUGGAGGAGGUCGAAAAAUCCUCCUUCUCUGCGCAUCCAUAGCGUUGUUGCAAGUUACCCUACAGCUCGUCCUUAUGCCUUUCAGGUCGCCGCAAGGACAACUCGCAUUCCUGCUAUCAUUCCUGAUGUCUGGGGCAUGCAACCUUUAUCUAUCAGCAAUGGAAGAUGACAUACAGUCGAGUGCCCUCCUCACCCUACUGAAGACUCCGGAGGUGAAGACUUACCAAGCCAGUUCUAGAGCAUGCGCUGCCGUUUUAGCAUGCCUAGCGCUCUGUUGGGGGUCUGACACGGAACCCUUGCAAGUCCUCCAGGAGAUAGUGCCCACCAACGAGCCAAGAACAUGGAAAGUCUGGUCUGAGUUUGUUGUGGAGAGUAUUCAGAACAGGAGUACGCAACUUAUAUAUGGGGAUGAUUUGACGGGCGACAUGAACAAACGGGAAAAGGUCCUUUUGACCGAGCUGGUUGAUGACGCUCAGGCAGCGUACGAUCAGUAUAUGGAGGACCACAGGGACAAUAUCUCCUAGCGUGUUUCGCCUCCGGCCCUACUGCUAAUCAUGUCCGUUCGCGGCCUUUCAUUCCCACGCUUUUUACUUAUGCGCGCGACUGCACUGUGCUACUUAAGUACUAUAAUUACUACCACCACUAAGUAGGAUUGUUCUUCACUCAGUCAUGUCAUCUAUUGCGAAUUAUCUUGCUGAUAUUCCUGUUCUCGUGCGCGUCAAUGAUUUCUGUCCUGCAAAUUGAAUCGCUCCUGAUCGAGUCAGUUCUUCGGAUCAUCAUAUUAUCA